CACAAUCUCUAUUUGAAACUAACACUCCAUUUCCAGAUAGCGUACACUAAGCUGGUUCACAAGAACAAUUUCUCUGAUCAGAGCUCCACAAAGUACUACCGGGCCGAGACAAUAGUUUACGAUGGAAGAUCUCGUGAAGAAACCCAUGCCAGAGACACCUCCGCGGGCAUUGUUUCUGUUCCUAUUCUUCCUCUUCCUCUUGUUUGUAAGCUGGUUCACUGGAAAGACAAGAAAAAUGCAGCAUCAGCAGCGAGAAAACAACCACCUCCCGCUCCCGCCUUCGCCGCCGGCACUGCCCAUCAUUGGUCACCUGCACCUCGUCGGCUCCCUCCCGCACGUCUCUCUCCGCAGCCUUGCCAGGAAGUAUGGUCCCGACAUGAUGCUUCUGCGCCUGGGCGCCGCGCGGACCCUCGUGGUGUCGUCGCUGCGUGGCGCAGAGGCAGUGCUGCGCACCCACGACCACAUCUUGGCGUCGCGGCCCAGCUCCGUAGUCUCCGACAUCCUCACGUACGGCUCGUCUGAUAUGGCCUUCGCGCCAUACGGCGAGUACUGGCGGCAGGUGAGGAAGCUGGUCACCACCCACAUGUUGAGCGUUAAGAAGGUGCAGUCUUUCCGCAGCGCUGCCAUGGAGGAGGUGAGCUUGGUGAUGGCCAAGAUUAAUGAGGUGGCCACAACCGAUGGUACGGUGGACAUGAGAGAGCUUCUCAGCUUAUUCGCGAAUGACAUGGGGUGCCGCAUCGUAUCGGGAAAGUUCUUCCUAAAAGAUGGACAGAGCAAGUUGUUCCGGGACCUCACCAACGAUACCUCACGGCUGUUAGGAGGGUUCAACGUGGAGGAGUACUUCCCAGGAUUGGCAAGGGUAGGAGUGUUUAAGAGGGCAGUUUGUGCCCAAGCCGAGAGAGUGAGGAAUAGAUGGGCUGAUCUGCUAGACAAGGUGAUCGACGAUCAUGUGAGCAAGGAUAAGUCAACGUUUGAUCACGAGGAUGGUGAUUUUGUAGAUAUUCUGUUGACUUUUCAGCACGAGUAUGAUCUCACAAGAGAGCACAUGAAAGCUAUCCUGAUAGAUGUAUUUGCCGGUGCAACAGACACAUCAGCUAACGCCCUCGAAUUCACCUUGGCCGAGCUCAUGAGGAAGCCACGUGUGAUGGGGAAGCUACAAGCUGAGGUGAGGAGUAACGUACCCCAGGGACAAGAAAUUGUCAGUGAAAUCAACGUGAACAAUAUGGCAUACCUAAGAGCAGUCAUAAAGGAGUCGCUUCGACUGUAUCCUAUUGCGCCUCUCCUUGCUCCACACCUUGCCAUGGAUGACUGCAAUAUUGAUGGAUAUAUGGUUCCUGCUGGGACGCGUGUCAUGGUCAAUGCAUGGGCCAUUGCUAGGGACUCGAGCUUGUGGGAGGACGCAGAAGAGUUCAUACCUGAAAGAUUUACAGAUGAAGGCAGCGCUAUGCAUGUCAAUUUCAAGGGGAAUGAUUUCCAGUUCUUGCCAUUCGGGGCAGGACGAAGGAUGUGCCCCGGUAUGAACCUCGGAAUCGCUAAUGUUGAGCUUAUGUUGGCAAACCUCAUGUACCAUUUUGACUGGGAACUUCCGCUUGGAGUUGAGAGAGAAGACAUUGAUAUGACAGCGGUGUUUGGGCUAACCAUGCGCCGGAAGGAGAAACUAUUGUUAAUUCCAAAAUCCUGGAUGUAGACACAAGAAUAAAACCUAAGCUAUUAUUGGUAUAAUGUUUUUCUUUGCAAAAAGGUGUUACCGGUAUACAGUUGCUACCAAAUAAUGUCAGUUCUCCCUUGUUUUAAAUAAAUGUUGCAAAUGUUUAGCUACAAAUAUUGUUCUUAUGAACACUGAUACGAUAUUCAAGACACUAGUUUGACUACUAUUGUUGGUUGUUACAUACAUAUGAAAUAAACUAGAAAUGCCUAUUGUCAAA